GAAGCGGAAAAGAUUAAUGAUUUUUUGCCACAGAAUUUAUUUUUGUAAAUUAUAUGUUUGUUUUCUUAGAUUCAAGUAUCUUCUAAGCUUAGUUGAUCCUCUGUUAAAAAAGCGAAAUAUGUACUGCUCUUUUACCCGCUCAGAUGUUUGCUAUGGCAUUAAGGUUUUUAGCAGCAGGAGAUAGCCAGGAUACUCUAAGCUUUUCAUAUCGAUGUGGCCAAAGCACUGUUUGCAAAAUUCAAGCUAAAACUAUGCGAGCACUUGUGAGCGUCUUGAAAAAUGUGUUUGUAAAGUCUCCAGCAAAUGAAGCGGAAUGGCGUGAAGUGGUUGCUGGAUUUUGGGAAGAAUGGCAGUUUCCUCAUUGUAUGGGCGCCAUUGAUGGAAAGCAUAUUCAAAUGCAGGCUCCACAAGCUUCACAAAGAAUUUUUUGUAAUUACAAGAAGACAUUCAGCAUAAUUUUACUGGCAGUUUGUGACACACAUUAUAAUUUUAUUAUGCUGGAUGUAGGAGCAGAAAGCUCACAAAGUGAUGGCGGAGUUUUUUAAUCGUCUGAAAUGGGUCGGCGAUUGAAUGAUAGCUCUAUUAAUUUACCAAAUUCAACUAAUCUUCCAGGAACUGAUAUUAACAUGCCCUACUUUCUUGUCGGAGAUGCAGCUUUCCCUCUGAAACCUUUCUUAAUGAAACUGUAUGGCGAGCGCAACAUAUCCCAUUACAAGUCUGUCUAUAACUUCAGAUUAAGUAGAGCAAGAAGAGUCAUUGAGAAUGCUUUUGGGAUUUUAGCAGUUCGCUGGAGAAUUUUCCGUCACCUUAUUAUAGCUUCAGAAAACAAUGUGGAAUGCAUUGUUGAAUGUGCGAUUUGCCUCCACAAUUUCCCAAUGAGAAACGACAAGUCGGAAAGGCGACUAUUAAACGUCUAUGCCGUGUAUGGUUGAAAUUGGUAUCCAAAUUAAACCCACUUUUAAACUACUUUCAAAAGUUUUGUUUCUAUUGAUUGUAAC